AUGGUCAUGGCAAUUGUCAUAUCAGUGAUAUUAUUAUUUGUGGGAAUUGGAGUUUUAGUAAUGGUUCAUGUUUGUAUUGUUGGAAGAGCUUUUAGAAGAGGUUUCGACUCGGAGAAUAACGCAAACGUUAAUCAUCAUCAAAGAGAUGGGAAUAAUAGAAGUAAUAAUAGUAUGUCUCACGAUGAUUUAGAAAAGCUUCCUUGUUAUGAAUUCAAAUCAUUAGAGAAACAAACAAGUAGUCCUAUUGAUUGUUGUGCUGUUUGUUUGGAAACUUUCAAAAUGGGUGAAAAAUGUAGAUUACUCCCACUUUGCAAACAUAGAUUUCAUGCUCAGUGUGUUGAUUCAUGGUUAUUAAAAACACCUAUUUGUCCUAUAUGUCGAACAAGUGCUGGUAAUUCUCAUAGGAGAUAA